AUGCCUCGAGAAAUCAUCACAAUACAAGCUGGGCAGUGCGGGAACAGCAUUGGAAGUCAGUUCUGGCAGCAGCUAUGUCUGGAACAUGGAAUAAGUCAGGACGGGAAUUUGGAGGAUUUUGCAACGGAAGGAGGGGAUAGGAAAGAUGUGUUCUUUUAUCAGUCUGAUGAUACACGAUAUAUUCCCCGAGCUAUAUUACUGGAUUUGGAGCCUAGGGUUAUUCAUGGCAUCCAAACAGGACCAUACAAGAACAUUUAUAACCCGGAAAACUUUCACGUACCGAAGGACGGAGGUGGAGCAGGAAAUAUCUGGGCUUUAGGGUUCACCGCCGGCGAGAAUGUGUAUGAAGAAGUUAUGGAGAUGCUAGACCGAGAGGCGGAUGGUAGCGAUUCACUUGAGGCUUUCAUGCUAUUACACUCGAUAGCUGGUGGUACUGGGUCCGGAUUAGGGUCUUUCCUACUGGAAAAGCUAAACGAUAGGUUCCCAAAGAAGCUGAUACAGACAUACUCAGUCUUCCCUGAUAUGGCAAACGGUGGAGAGGUUGUCGUCCAGCCGUAUAACAGCUUACUCGCCUUACGUCGUUUAACCCAAAACGCCGAUUCAGUCGUCGUGCUAGAUAACGGUGCUUUAACUAGGAUCGCUGCAGACAGACUACAUGUUCAAGAACCAUCACUUACACAGACAAACCAGUUGGUAUCGACGGUUAUGUGCGCGAGUACAACUACACUACGAUAUCCUGGGUACAUGCAUAAUGACCUCGUUGGCAUUAUUGCAUCGCUAAUACCUACCCCGCGAUGCCAUUUCCUUAUGACAUCGUAUACGCCGUUUACGAGCGACAGCGUUAAUCAAGGAAAGACGGUUAGAAAGACAACGGUUUUGGAUGUAAUGAGGAGAUUGUUGCAGCCGAAGAAUCGAAUGGUGUCCGCUAUGCCGACAAAGCAGAGUUGUUAUAUUUCCAUCUUGAAUAUUAUCCAGGGAGAGGCGGAUCCUACGGAUGUGCAUAAAUCGCUGCUCCGUAUUCGUGAACGAAAGUUGGCGACGUUUAUUCCGUGGGGACCAGCAAGUAUUCAAGUUGCUUUGACGAAGAAGUCGCCGUAUAUUCCGAUGUCGCAUCGGGUUAGUGGGCUUAUGCUUGCAAAUCAUACAUCUGUUGCUACACUGUUUGAGCGUUUACUUAAGCAGUAUAACGUCCUGAGGAAGCGCGGGGCGUUCUUGGAACAGUACAAGAAGGUGUCGCCUUUCACAGAUAGUUUGGACGAGUUUGACGAGUCAAAGGCUGUCGUUCAGGAUCUUAUUGCAGAAUAUAAGGCGGCAGAGCAGAAGGACUACUUAUCGCCUGAGGAUAUGGGCGAAGGCCACGCCUAG